AUGAUAUCUCUCUGGUUGAAGGUUGUAGAAGAGAUUGAACAGCUGUCCCUGGCAGAACAUGGCAUCUUUGUUGCUCAGUCCCUAGGGCUCUACGACAAGGCCAACCUGCAGGCAGCGAGCUGUCGAGGGUCCAGGGUCGAGGAGAGGACGGCGCACUUUGGGGUCUGCCCGUCGGAGACUGUUAUCAGCUGCCAUGCACAUGGCGAAGGAGGGGCGGGAGCGUCGAGGAUCGUGGCUGUGGCUGCGAUCCUGCAGCAGCAAACCUCGGCGAUUGUCACAUUGAAGUCGAGUGGAGUGGACAGGCCUGCAAAGCUGGAUGGACGGAAGUACGCGUCCUACGAAGGGAGAUUCGAAAUGGAUAUCGUGCGGCAGCUGAUUUGCGAUGAUGGCGGGAAGGGAGAGGUGGAGGAAGUGAGGCAUGGUGAACAUGGACUCGGAAUCUUCAACACCCUUGUUCAACAUCCUGAGGUCUUUCGCUUCCUCCUCCGCCUCCUCCUUUUUCCUUCCUCCUCCUCCUCCUACUACUACUACUACUUCUCCUCCUCUUCCUCCUCCUCUUCCUCCUACACCUCUUCCUCCUUCUCCUCCUCCUCCUUCUCCUCCUCAACUUUCGCCUCCUCCUCCUCCUCCUCCUCCUCCUCAACUUCUUCGUCCUCCUCAACUUCCUCCUACACCUCUUCCUCCUUCAAUGUUUUCGGUCUGGAGGAUGUUCCCUACGGCUACACCCCCAUCCUCAUCUCUCAUCUCGACACCCUCGCUGAGCUGGGAGAAGACGCUCGGCGUUUCCUCAAGCGUGGGGGGAGAUGA